UGAAUAGGGGCGGAGGAACCAAACUCAUUAGAAUCCUAAAAAAGAAAGUAUCCGAGAUCAUAAAACACCCGGCUGCAGGACUAAGUGUUCACUCACAGCCAGACAGAGACAGAGAGGAAACCUCUUGUCAAAUUUCUUUCUGACCCUCAGAGCAUCAGCGUUUUAACAGAUCCACUUCUUCAUUGUUUCCCUUUCUACACUGCGCUCUCUGUGUUCAGAUAACUGUGUCGAUGGCAGUUAUUCUUCUGAAUAUCUGAUUUUCAGGAACAAAUCUUGGCUUCAUCACUGCUCUAUGUCUUGUAGACGGGCAAACGUGACGCAUGGACACUGACAGGGCGAACGCAUCUCAUUGAGAAACUUCAUUUUUGCGGCACUUUUUGGUAUUUCAGUAUUUUUUUUCAAGGAUGCUCGCCUUAACUUGGAAUAGAUGCUGUGUUGUGAUGCUUAUCGUCGCUACACUGAAGACGGGGACAUCCCAGGUAUCAGAGGCGCGUCCGAAGGCGAACUUAAUCAAGCCUGCUCUGUUGGAAGAGGCACCUACACUUGCUCCAAACCGAUCCGCCGCUGUCCACCUUGGGAUCACCAAGAAAUAUAACGUCCUUGCGCAGGUGUAUCCAUGCAGCAAUGAUAAGGAGUGCAGUGUGGGAAGCUACUGCCACAGCCCUCAACAGGCUCCCUCUCGCUGCCUCACCUGCCGCAGGAGGAAGAAGCGCUGCCAUAGAGAUGCCAUGUGCUGUCCUGGGAACCGCUGCAGUAACUAUAUUUGUGUCCCUGUCUCUGAGAGUGUGAUCUCACCUCACAUCUCAGCUUUAGAUGAGCAUAACAAACUCUCCACCAAAGACCACAGCUGGAGGAAGGGUGGGAAAGCACAUGCUAAGCAUUCUCUUAAAGGGCAUGAGGGCGACUCUUGCCUGCGUUCAUCCGACUGCUCGGAGGGCUACUGCUGCGCCCGCCAUUUCUGGACCAAAAUCUGCAAGCCGGUGCUGAGGCAGGGAGAGGUGUGCACCAAGCAGAGAAAGAAAGGCUCUCACGGCUUGGAAAUCUUCCAGCGCUGUGACUGUGCCAAGGGCCUUUCCUGCAAGGUGUGGAAAGAUGCCACCUCCUCGUCCAAGUCCAGGCUCCACAUGUGCCAGAAGAUCUGAAGUGGGGGCAGCUGCUGUCGGCCUAGAGGCCUCUGUCUCCAUCUGCCAGGGAAAGUUUUUUAAAGGAUAGGUUGUGGCUGUAUUGAGAAGGAGUGAAAGACAGAGACAAACAAGAGACAGAACAGACUCUUGUGGGUUCAAGCUCGCUAUUCGGCAAGCAGAGAGUGAAUGGGAUUGCUUUAAUGUGUUUGCUGUGAGUGGUUCAUCCCUGCACACAUACAUACAUAUGCACACACACACACACACACACACACACACACACACACACACACACACACACACACACACACACACACACACACACACACACACACACACACACACACACACACACAAGAUUAUAUCAAUGAGCUUAUGGUGUGCAUGCUCACAAACACAACAAACUUUUUACACAUUCUCGUGAAAUUCAGGGAUCCACAAAGUUAGCCAGUAAAUGCUGUGAUAGUUGUGGACCUUUUCUAGAUGGAGGCAACAGACGUAGCAAUCUUUCAUCAAGCUUCAACUUAUAAUAAUAAGACAGAUAGACUAUUUACAGAAAAGCCAUAUGUUUCCUGCACAGUACAUUCUUUUCCAAACUCCAAAGUCAAAGAUCUGAUGUGUAAUAUCUUGUGUCAUUACUGGAUGUGCCAUGAUUUGUUAUCUGUUUUGUCAAAUUUCCAUAUCUGACUGUUCUUGUUGUUGUUUUAAGUCUUGAGGAAUUCAGCUAUUGCUAUGCAAGACCUUUACAACUAGUAACAAUAUCCAGAUACAAAAAUACCGGUCAUAUCAUAUGAGGAGCUAAUUGCAUACACUGUUCACUCCAGAGCUUUACUCGUGUAACAGCAUCCUGAGACUUCAAUGCAAAGCAUAAUACUCUUAAACCAAAGAAUGAAAGAAUAUUUACAUCAGAGUGAUGAGUUUCAUCUGGGACAUUAGCUCCUUGCCCAAUUUCUAGCCACAAGAAGAGAGAUAAAGGAUUGUGUCCAUUGUGGAAAGCUCGUUUGAUCUGUCAGAUACAGCUGCAAUCUAUUGUGAUACAACUGUGUGGGUUAAAAACAGUUUGCACUGAGGUAGUGAUCUGCUGCAGAUACCAGACCAGAGAAUGGUUCUGCUUUUCCAAUCACAAGAACAGGAUUCAAGGAUACUAUGGCAGUGCAAUUUCUUUCCAUUUGCAAAGCCAGUAGGAAUGGAGAUGUGAGAAAUUGAUUACAAAAACGUUCUACAAACCUGAUGUUUUCAAAGAGAAUUGCAUUUUGAAUCAACAUUUCGUUGAUGGCACACAGCCCUGUUUAUUAUUCUGUUUUUUCCAAAUUUGACUGCAUACUUGGUUGUAUUGGAGGUGAAACAAUGCCCCCCCCCCCCCCCCCCCCCCCG